AUGAGUUUUUGGGAUAUUAUUGGUUAACCCUUAAAUAAAUUGGCUAAAUAAAUAUAAUAAAAUAAAUCCAUCUUAAAAAUGGAUAUAAGCAUUUUUUUUGAUUCAAAAUUCAAAGAAAAUCUUAAAAAAAUUAAAAAAAAAAUUAUUUUACUUACAUUAUCUGAAAUAAGUUAAAAAUAAGAAUAAAGACCUAAGGAAAUAGAUAUUUCAAGCUUCAAAGGUAGUAAUGAGUAUAAGUAUAUCGAAGAACGUUCAAAAUUCAUAUAGUAAUAAUUAGAAUCACAUAGCGAUUAGAAAAACACAAAGGAAUGGAACUUAUUUUCUUUCUAUUACUUUAUCAUAACUUAUUUUCUAGACAAAGCGAAUUACAAUUAUGAAUCAUACGGACCAACUGAUAAUAAAUUAAAAUCUUGUAUAUAAUAUAUCAUGGAAACAUUAACGAAUGACAAAGUAGAUAGUCUAAUUAACAAUAAAGUAGAAUAUAUAAAUGAAACAACUAAAGAAAAAACUUAAAUAGAUUAUGAAGACAGUUAUGAAUCGUAAACUUUUACUCCCUGUUUUUUAACGCUUAAAGAACAUGAAUACAACUUCGAAAAGUUUCAAUUAGAAAGAAUUAAAUUGGAUUAAUAAGAAUUAUAAGAUGAAGAGGAUUUCUUAAAUGACUGGGUUGAAUGCUACGAAAUCUGGGGAAACAUGAUUUUGAUAAACCAAUACAGAAAUAACAGAGUGUUGCUUUACUUAUAAUUUUUAGACAGCUAAUCAGCACAAGAGUCAAAAGUUAACUUAAUAAGAAAAUAUGAAAUUUCUGAAUUCAAAUUUUUUGAUAAAUUUGAUUCAUUCUAUGUUGUAAUUUAUUCAGAGUAUAUUGGCAACCUAAAAUAAGAAGAUGAAGAUGAAAUAUAUUUUUAUUUUCUUUUUGCUUGUAUCUUGAACUUGCUUAAACUUGAUUACCUAUAAAUGAACAAGGAGCAAAAGCUAGUCAACCUGAUAGAAAAAAUCAAAAGUUUUAAAAGUAUUAAAUUUAUAUUAGGAUACCAGUUUCUACUUAGAUUAAUGAUAGAUUUUCAAGAGAAGUUAAUACUUUCUGAAUCAAAUGAUGACUAUAUUUCCUAAGAAUUUGAAAAAAAAUAUUAAAACGAGCUUUGUAAGAAAAGCUUAGUUUAGUUAUUUAAAGAAUGGACUAAUGAAAAGUAUGAAGUUUCAGAAAAAUAUAUCAACAAAUAAUAACUUCAGUUGUAUAUCGAUUCAGCAAAAAGCGCUUUAAUUCUGGCAAUUUUACCAGAUUUAGUAAGGUUUUAUGAUAUUAAUGAGAAAAUACCUUAUCAACCUACUAAUAUAGAUAUAGGAUAUGUUUAGCAAAUUAUAAGAGGAAAAAGACUCUAUCUUAAAAAUCCUGAAGAAAAAGAAAAAAAUAUUGCUUAUUGGAAAGGGUUAAUAGAGAAUAUAGAAAAUAAUAGAAUAAAAAUAAAUGAGAAAAAGGAUAGCUAUAAAGGGAACUAGAAAUCUGGUGAUGAAAAUCCUCUUCCAUAAUAUUUUUGUCUUGAAAUCUGCAAAAUUAACUUAUUAACUUUAUAAUUACUCUAUAAAAGUGAAAGCUGUAAAAGCUAAAUUGUAGUAAAUUCAAAUGAAGCAAAAUUACUUAGGGAAUAAAUUUAAUAAAUAAUAAAAUAAAUAGGUAGCUUUUUGUAUUAAAGCCUUUAUAGAUAAAGAUAAUUUUACAAAACUCUUUGUUCCUUAUUAAUAGAGGAAAAUAGUAUCAUGAAUUACUUGAUUAAUCAAAUUAUAAAAAAUAAAGCUUUUGUUGAAUCCUAUUAUCAUUCUCAAUAAUUUAAAAACUUGAUUCUUUCCUUCAAAUAAGAUUUCGAUAUCAAAAAUAUUAUUAACUUGAGAGUAAAGUCAAAUUUUUCUUUACAAUCUAUGGAUAAAACCUUUGGAACUUUAAAUACAUAACUCUUUGAAAUCCAUAGAUAAUUUAUCAAACAGACCAUAGAAACAGAUAUAAAUGAGCUACUAGAUACGAAAUAAAAAUUCGAAAAUAUAAUCAAAUACUAUGGUUUUCUUAACAGAAAAAAGUACGAAGUUUUGAAAUUAAAUAUAAAAAUGUAUAUUAAAUUUGUAGAAUUAGUGAUUGAGUAGAAACUAUCAUCAUAAUAUUCUACAUAUUCAUAUGAAGAGCUAGAAGAAAUAAGUCGUUCUUAGUUUAUUGUUAAAAAAGUAAAACUUAAAGAGAAUAAAGAUAGUAUAGUAGCUUUGAAAUAAUCAUAAGAUGAUGGAAAAGAUUGUUUAAAGUAAUAAAUGAGAGAAAUUAGUAUCCUAUCCAAUCUACCUAAAAACAACCUCAUAAUUCAAUAUGUAGGUCAUCAAAAAAAUAACAAAUAAUUUGAGAUAUUUUUAGAAUAUUUUAAUGGCUAAACUCUAUAAUCUUUCAUAAAUGAAUUAAAUAAAAAAUACUAAGAUUAAAAUCAUAAAGAUUUGAAAUUGCAAAAACUAUAAAUUUCUAAAUAAAUUCUUUAAGCUAUUGAAUAUUUGCAUGAGUACAAUAUUGUGCACGGGGAUAUCAAAUUUACAAAUAUUUUAAUUAACUCAAAGGGAGAAAUUAAGAUAAUUGAUUUUAGUGAAUCAAGUUUUAUGAUAGAAGAAACACUAGGUUAUACUAGAGGUUAUGAUGCUAAAGAUAAUGUUAAAACUAGAUAUGUUGAUUAUUAUAGCUUAGGAAUAUUGUUGAUUAGAAUUUUUUACAAAAGUGAUUUCGAAAUUGUAUGUAAUUGUUAAGAAGAAGGAAAAAUAUGUAAUAUGGAAAAUCAUGAAGGUUUUAUACAUGAGAAAACUUGUAAUAUUGAUGAAUAAAGAAUAAAUCAAUAUUCUUAAAAUUUUUUUGAUUAAAUUAAAAGUUUACUGAAUGAUUAACCUUACUUAAGAUGUACUCUUAAAGAACUAAUUUAUAUCAUUGAUUUAGAAAUUGAGAUAAUUAAUAAUAAUUUUACAGAAACUUAGCUAUAAGAAUGUAAAUAGAAAUAUAUUUAAAAAUAUGGUUAAAUAAUUAAUUAUAAUGAUUAUACUACAAAUAGAAAUAUUAUAAAAGAUAGUUUAUAUUAAAUCUUAGAAAUUGAAUCUGGAAAUGAAAGUGAGAAAAGUACAGAAAAUAAUAAUAAUUAAAAUGAAUUUGAAAACGGAAAUUAAAGUGAGAAAAGUACACAAAAAUAAGAAGAAGAAUUUAAUUAAAGCAAUAUUAAUGAAGAAAAUAAAUCAUAAGAAAAAGAAGGAUUUAAUAAAAAGUAAUUAAUUUAUGAAAAUAAUAAUAAUUAUUAAUAAAAUAUAUAAAAUUUCAGUCAAAUUUAAAAUGAAUUUUUAUAAGAUAAAACAAUUAAAAAAGGAAAAUAAAAUCAAAAUAAUUUAAAAAAUUUAAAUUAAAAUAGCAGCAAAGAUAAACUAAAUUUAGAAAAAAAUACUGAUGAUACAAAUUUAUCAUUUACAGAUAAUAUUAACAAAAUAAUAUCUCCUCAAAACUCAAAUCCAAAAUUUGAAAUUGAUAAAGAGUCUUUCUAAAAAAAUUAAACUUAAAAUAUUCCAGAUUAAGAAAACCAAAUUAGGAUUUUAGAAAGCUAUUUUAUUGACAAAAUAGAUAAAAAUGAAAAUGAGAUGGUUUUAAUUGGUGUUUUUAGAAAAUUAGAUAUAAACUUUCGUAAUCUAAGAAUAGAUUUUAGUAAAUUUAAACUAAGAUCUAGAGAAUAAGUCAAAUAUAUUUUAGAAAAAUUGGUUGAAACUUUAACAAUUGAAAAAGUUUUGUCUUUAAUAUCAGAUAAUUAUAUUAAAGAGUUGAUUUUUUAAAUAUUUUUUGAUAAAAUAUUUAAAAAAAGAGAAAUAGAAAAAGAUUAAAAAGAUAAGAUGUUAAACUACUUUUUAAAAUUUAAAGAAUGA